AUGUCCGGACGUGGAAAGGGAGCCAAGGGAAAGAGCGGAGGCAAAGCGAAGUCAAGAUCAGCGCGGGCUGGGUUGCAGUUCCCCGUUGGACGUCUGCAUCGAAAGCUCCGCAAGGGAAACUACGCCGAUCGUAUCGGAGGAGGGGCACCUGUCUAUCUGGCCGCUGUUCUGGAAUAUCUUGCUGCUGAGCUGCUCGAAUUAGCUGGGAACGCCGCUCGUGACAACAAGAAGACCCGCAUCAACCCUCGACAUCUCCAGCUAGCUAUCCGGAAUGACGAGGAGUUGAACAGAUUGCUGGCAGGUGUGACCAUCACCCAAGGAGGAGUGCUGCCCAACAUCCAGGCUGUUCUUUUGCCGAAGAAGACCGGCGCAGAGAAAGAAUGA